AUGGCACCACAACGCAAGGCUGCAGCUGAAGCUGCAAAGGCAUUGGCUGCGCUGAAUGCUGGAAGGCUCAGGCCUACGUAUGGAGUACCUCAGCCCCGACAACCUACUCCUAGUCCUCCCCUGACACCCAAAUCCCUCAAGCUCAUCAGGAAGGCCAGAAAGCCGCGGACGCGGGAGACGGCUCGCCAGAAAAAGACACGCAUGGCUAAAACGUGGGCGAGGAGAUGUGCAAAUGCGGCCGCCAGAGCUCAGCAGAAACAACAAGGAGACGAGGAGGAUGACGCAAAAAAGGAGUCGCAGAUCGAAGGCAGAGGUGACCGUGCCGCGUUUCGAGAAUACACUCGUGCGAAGAGCGCGCGGAUUCUUGAGGCGAGAACGGCUGCGCGUCGUGCAGCGAGGGCGGCUAAGGCAAAUCCUAAGAAGGCGGUCGGAUGCAAGGCAAUUGACCAAGAGAUCAAGUUCUUCCACCACGAUUUCUUCAGUUAG